AGAGCUGCCAGGGGCACAGGGCAGCUGCUGGGAGCUGCAGCCUGCCUGCCUGCCCUCCCCAGCAGAGCCCCCAUUCCCGGCACCGCAGCCGGAGCCAGGCGGGCGGCAGAGCAGCCAUGGCAGAGGACGGGAACGAGCUGGAUGAGAGGAUCAUCAUCAAGGACCAGCACACCAAGGAGAUCGACCUGGUGAACAGAGACCCCAAGCACAUAAACGAGGACGUGGUGAAGGUGGAUUUUGAGGAUGUGAUAGCUGAGCCUGUGGGAACAUACAGCUUUGACGGCGUCUGGAAAACCAGCUACACCACCUUCACCGUCAGCAAGUACUGGUGCUACCGGCUGCUCUCUGCCAUCCUGGGAAUCCCCCUGGCUGUCAUCUGGGGAUUCCUCUUUGCCCUCAUCUCCUUCUGCCACAUCUGGGCAGUGGUGCCCUGCAUCAAGAGCUACCUGAUCGAGAUCCAGUGCGUCAGCCGCAUCUACUCCCUCUGCAUCCACACCUUCUGCGACCCGCUCUUCGAGGCCCUCUCCAAGAUCUGCAGCAACAUCAGAGUUGCUCUCCGGAAGGAGACCUAGGUCCCCCCAAGCACCCCCUGCACAGGUGUCCCCCGGCGUGCCCUGCCCUGGGGCACAGGGACGCUGGUGCCAGCCCCUGCCCACGGCAGAGCUGGCUGUCGGGGAUGCUGCCUGCAGACAGAGGCACACCGGGAUGCUCCUUCCUCCAGCCCAAAGCCAGCAGCUGUAGGAGGAGCAAAGUCCACUGAGCAGCCCAGGGAGAGCCCUCUGCCCUCCAGGACCCCCCAGCAUCAUGCCCUGCUCCUGCAGGAGGGACUGUGGCAUCUCCUGGACCACAGCCCUGGGCUCGACCUGCAGCUGCAAAGCGAGAAGCCAGCACGCAGGGCUGCUGCUGGACAACAGACAAACCCUGCCUGCUUCUCCACCCUGCUGCUCCAGCACCACAGGAAGAGAAAUACUUGUGUAUGAAUUAUUAUUUGCUGCAAAUAGUUGCUGCUGAAGAAGCUUCUGUAUUAAAUCAUGCUGCACAAAGCUUUUGUGGGUAGAGCAGUGAAAACAAACCUUUUUUUUAUUUCAUGUGUGUUUGCAUUUCAGCAAAGCUUUGAAAUCCAGAUCAGUUAGUGCAUGAAAUGUUGUGUCCACCCCUGGGAGUAUGUGCUGGGCCUGCUGGGCCACUGGCAGCUGCCAGUCCCUGUGUGACAGUGUGGCAGUGGCAGUGUGGCACUGUGGCAGUGUGGCAGUGAUGCAGUGUGGCACUGUGGCACUGUGACAGUGUGGCAGUGUGGCAGUGGCAGUGUGGCACUGUGACAGUGUGGCACUGUGACACUGUGGCAGUGUGGCAGUGUGACAGUGUGACAGUGGCACUGUGACAGUGUGGCACUGUGACAGUGUGGCAGCGUGGCACUGUAGCACUGUGACAGUGUGGCAGCGUUCCAGUGUGACAGUGUGGCAGUGUGACAGUGUGGCACUGUGGCAGUGGCACUGUGGCAGUGUGGCAGUGUGGCAGUGUGACAGUGUGGCACUGUGGCAGUGGCACUGUGGCAGUGUGACAGUGUGACAGUGUGACAGUGUGGCACUGUGGCAGUGUGGCAGUGGUUUGUGGUGCAGGUCCAGCAGAGGCUGGUGCUGCGGGGCUGCAGCACGGGGGGCAGCCAGAGCACGUGGCCUGUGAUACAUGACUAGCUUGGCUUUAAGGACAGGUUGGCUUGUUUCUCAGGGAGAAUAUUUGCAGCCCUUGCUGGUGUGGUGCUGGGUGAGCUGUUGUCUCCAGCUGUGCCUUCAUCCUGCCCCCUCCCUCAGCAUCCCCCAAACGUGGGGCGCAGCGGGCGACACAGCCUCCUCCAGGACACUCCCCACUCCCAGCUGAUCCAGCUGCAGAGGCAACACAGGCACAAGGGGAAAAAGGUCCAGUUUGGAGCUACUUCCUCCCCUGUAUUGUCAAUUACUUUGUUUGGUCCAUCUUCCAUGAAGCUGUGCUUUAACUCCGAGGCACUUAAACGCUUUGUUGGCUCCAGCCUUAAGUGCUUUGCUGAAGCCGGGCCCAGGAGGUCUCGUUCAGAGGUUAUUCUCAAUUGUAUUCGUGUGCUUUUUUCCCUUGGCUUCCAACAAAGACUUGGAGCCAAAGUUUCUUGUAGUACCAUGCCAAGGACAAGAAAGAGCCAGAUUUUCUAUUGGUGCUCGUCCAAUGGCUUGGGAUUGCAGACUUUCAUUAUUCUGUAGCAAUACAGAACCCAGGCUCUAGCAACACCGGCCUUGAGAUGGAUGGAGUUAUAAAAAAAAACAAGACAACAAACAGUUAGAUAUUUGUAGGGGCAAAAUGUCUCCAAAUACAUUUUAUCGUGAGCAUUUUUUAAAGCUUUUUGUGGGAAUAAAAAUCAUUAAAACCAA